AUGAGCGCCCCGGCCCCGGCGGCCACCCUCCGCCACUGGACCCGCCUGAUCCAGCUCGCCGCCGCGUCCGGGUCCUACACUCUCUGCGUCCGGCACUACGCCUCGCUCCUCGCCGCGGGGCUGCGCGGCGGUGACGCCUCCACCUUCCCUUCCCUCGCCAAGUCCUGCGCCGCGCUCCGCCUCCCGCGCCUCGGCCGCUCCAUCCACGCGCACGCCCUCCUCUCCGGCGCCGCCGGCGACGUCUUCGUCCGCACCUCGCUGCUCGACUUCUACGCCAAGUGCGCGUCCCUCCCCGACGCGCGCCGCCUGUUCGACGAAAUGCCCACCAGCAGCCGGACCCUCGUGUCCUGGAACUGCAUGGUCACCGCGUACAGCAAGGCCUCUCGUCUCGACGAGGCCGUCGCCAUGUUCAACGCGAUGCGGGGCCUAGGGGUGAGCCCCGGCGGGGGCACGCUCGUCGGCGUGCUGUCUGGGUGCUCUGACUCCAUGGCCACGAGAAAUAUUGGCUUGCCCGUGUAUGGAUAUAGCCUCAAAUCUGGCCUUGACGAGGAUUUGCCGGUCUGCAACUCGGUGCUCACUAUGCUUGUCCGUGAUGACCAGCUGCAUGCUGCGUCCUUGUUGUUUGACUCUAUGCACAACAAGUCUGUAGUUUCUUGGAGCGCAAUGGCAUCAGGACUCUUGCAGACGGGCGACUUUAACAAAGUGUUUGCUUUGCUCAACCGUAUGCUGGGUGCUGGGUACAGAUUCGAUUCGGUCGCCCUUCUUAAUCUUGUCUCAUCCACUGUUCUGCUAGGGAACCUGUUAGUGGCCAAGGGUGUGCAUGCUCUUCUGAUCAAGAGUGGUUUUGAGUCCGAGCAAGAUCUUGUGUCAUCAUUGGUUAACUUGUAUGCCAAGUGUGGGGAUCUUGAGGCUGCUCAGGAGGUCUUCGAUGCGGUUCACUAUAAGAAUGUGGUGCUGUGGACUUCGAUGAUAAAUGGAUAUGUUGAAGGUGGCCGUCCGAACAAGGCGUUGACAAUGUUCGACAGCAUGUUGCGCACAGAUGUACAGCCGAAUGAGGCAACAGUUUCAUCUGUUCUUUCCGCCUGUGCUGAUUUGGGGUCUGCUAAGCAGGCGAGGAAGGUUGAGGAGCAUGUGGUAGCAAUCGGACUGCAGUCACACCUGCGAGUCGCUACCGGACUGAUAGACACGUACUGCAAAUGUGGGAGCGUUGAGCUGGCUAGGAAAAUAUUUGAUGUGGUUGCCAUUACCAGUAGAGACUUACCCAUCUGGAGUGCCAUGAUUAAUGGAUAUGCUUGCAACGGAGAAGGCAGUGAAGCUCUCGUCCUUUUCAGCGAGAUGCAAAAGGAAGGUGUUCAACCAGAUGCCAUUGUCUUUACCCAUCUGUUAACAGCAUGCAAUUAUUCUGGUUUAAUAGAUGAAGGCCUUCGAUGUUUUCGCAGCAUGACAGAGGAAUAUGGUAUUGAACCAUCUAUUGAGCACUAUAUGUGCAUAACUGAUUUGCUAUGUAAGUCUGGUCAAAUUAGUAUCGCUAAGGAGUUCUUUAAGAAGAUCCCUGUUCAGUUACAGAAUCAGGUUUUGGCUCCUAUAGUAAGUGCAUGCAGUUCUCAUUGUGCCGAUUCUUCGAUUGAUUCAGUAUCAGAGGAAUUACUUAACCUGGACCCUCAAGAUUCUGGUCACUGUGUCUUAAUGUCUAAUAUGCUCAGUUGUUUGGGGAAUUGGAAGAAGGCGACAACCUAUAGGAUGCUACUAAGCAAGAAAGGUUUAGUCAAGGAACCUGGAAGGAGUUGUAUUGAACUGAGUGCCUAA